AUGACUGGUAUUCCAUUUCAAGCAAAAGAUAUUGCAUUAAGAAAAGGUCAACAUAUGACUAAUGAUUAUGUUCAAAUAAAUCCAUUUAAAAAAGUACCAGUUAUUAAUGAUUCAGGUUUUAUUCUUACUGAAAGUGUGGCAAUUUUAACAUAUCUUUGUGAUAAGCAUAAAAAACAUGAUUGGUAUCCAACAGAAUUACAUAAACGAGCACGUAUUAACGAAUAUACACAUUGGCAACAUGCAAAUUUACGUGCAAAUGGUUCAAUGCUUUUUCAAACAAAAGUGAUUAUACCACAUAUUAAAAAAAAACCACCAACAGAUCGUGAAUUAGAAAAAUGGUAUAAACGAUGGGAAGAAUCAACCGAUGGUCUUGAAAAUGUUUGGCUCAAUCGAUCAUCUUAUUUAGCUGGUAAUCAUAUAACUAUUGCUGAUUUACUUGGUAUUUGUGAAAUGAUGCAACCAAUAGCUGCUGGUUAUAAUUUGGAUACAAAUAAAUUUCCUCGUGUUCAAGAUUGGAUGGAACGAAUUAAGAAAGAAACUCAACCACAUUUCGAUGAAGCACAUAUUAUUUCAAUGCGUUUGAGAGAAAAAAUUUUACAAGAAGAAAAACAAAAGAUUUAUUAA